AUGGGACACCAUUGGCUCAUUGUCAUAGACGCAUACUCCAAAUACCCAUGUAUUCAUGCGACCAAUUCUACUUCUACGAAGACAACUACCCAGUUGCUAGAGGAAGACUUUUCACACUUUGGCUACCCGCACGCCAUAGUUUCAGACAACGCUACCACCUUUUCCUCACAGGAGUUCAAAGUCUGGUGCCAUGAAAGAGGAAUGGUGCAUCUGACGGGAGCACCUUAUCAUCCAGCCACCAACGGUGCCGCUGAGAGACUUGUCCAGACAUUCAAGCGUUUUUUGAAAAAGUCAAGGAAAUCUCCUAAGGAAGCUCUUCAGGAAUUUCUUAUGCAAUACAGACGUUCGCCAUUAGCUAGUGGAUAUUCGCCCAGCGAAUUACUCAACAAUCGACAGACACGAACCAAGAUUGAUACACUAUCGCCGUCCCCGGCACAUGAAGCUCAAGAACGCCAAGCUCGAGAAGCCACGAAGUCACAGGCCAAAGAGUUACAAAGCAUGGUCCAUAACGUCCACAGACACUACCAAGUAGGAACACCCUGUUAUGCACUCUACUGUGGGCCAAGACGCACCAGUGAGCCUAGGUGGGUUCCAGCAACGGUAAUCAAAGUACACGGUUCCCGGAGCGCGAAUGUAAAGGUACAUCCGCGUGGACCUAUCUGGCGGCGUCACUUAAAACAACUUCGACCACGAUAUGGAGUAGACGAAGAUAAUGAUCCAGGCAUGGAUCUACGUGACUACCUACGUUCUCCCUCACAAACAUCGCCACAGUCAGAUACAGAUGUCGAACAGACGAAGACAUCAGAUCAGCUGGUUUACCAGAACUUACCACCGCACUAUGGUCCUGAGAAUCCGCGACGAUUUACCAGGAUUAGAAAACGGAAAGCAAUGUGGGAUUGCUGA